AUGGCCGGUGCCUUUCGAGUGAUUGCUCGCAAGGGGUAUGUUGAAGGUACAGCCGGUCACAUCUCGAUUCGUGACCCGGUCGACCCUGAAACCUUUUGGAUAAACCCCCUUGCUCGACAUUUUGGUCUGAUGAAAGCCAGUGACAUGGUCCAUGUCAAUAUGAAGGGAGAAAUUAUUGGUGGAAAUUACGCAUGUAUCAACAACGCAGGUUUCAACAUCCACUCCGCCCUUCACGAAGCCCGACCCGACGUCAAUGCAGCAUGCCACUUCCACAGCAUCCACGGCAAGGCUUGGUCCGCCUUUGGAAGACCACUAGAAAUGCUCAACCAAGACGCGUGCACAUUCUUCAAAGAUCAUGCCGUUCACGACAUGUUUGGCGGAAUCGCAUUCGAGACCUCGGAAGGAGAGAGGAUAGCUACAGCUCUAGGCAACAAAAGGUGUGCCAUCUUGAAGAACCAUGGUCUCUUGACGACAGGAAAGACGGUCGAUGAGGCGGCGUUUCUGUAUACCCUGAUGGAAAACUCCUGUCGCAUACAGCUCCUUGCAGAGGCUGCCGUAGCAUCGGGGAUCGAGAAGCACCUUUGUCCUGAUGCCGAAGCUGAGUACACAUACCGGUUGACUACACCUGAGGCCAUGUGGCUGGAGUUUCAGCCGGAUUACGAGUAUGAACUGGCCAUGUCAGGCGGAGACUUUCUCUCGUGA